AUGUCAUCGCUUAGCGCGAUAACAUGGCAAGCCCGCACCUUCAGCGCAGCAAGUUGCGAUACGACUGUUUACAUUGGCACGGCCGAUGAAGUUGAAUGGUCAUUGAAUGAUGUGACCAGGUGGUUCUGGACGUCAGCUGAUGCUGGCUCGCGACAAUCUAGAUAUCGCGCCCAUGCAGACCGCAUCAGUGCUCAGCAUGAGGAAAUCUAUGAUGGACAGCAGCUUCCUCCAAUGAGACCAUUGAUGCAGCAGAAGCAAGCAGAGUCUGCUGCUGCAGCCUCAAUGUAUGAAAGGACGAUAAAGACAAGCACGCUCUGCGCAAGCAUCGCCGCUCUGCUCAGCUCUCCUGUUUUCUCUGCAGACGUGUAUGUCCGAAGCGGAGAGAUCGUUCACAGUCUCCUGAGCUCCCUGUGCAACAGCUCUGCGGUUUCCAAUCUGCAGGUGCCGGUGUUGGGGCGGCCGGACACCACAUUCACUGUCCCCGCCGCUGGCGUGUUGAGAUCUGCAGAUGUUUGGGGCGUUGUGAUUAGGCCGGUCUUGGAGGCACGUUGGACCCAGAGUGCUUCCGAUGCAAUGCUGACUUGGCACAGAUCCACCCACCAGAGCAUGACAGUCCCAGAGUUUGUGUUGUUUGGUUUGGACCCGAACAUCUUGAAGGAGUUUUCUUUUCUACGAAUCGCGGCAGAACAGCUGCUGCGCCAGAUACUGGCCGCAUGUACGGCCGAGUCGAUUCUUGAGGUCACCAAAUCGGUGACUUUGAAGCGUUGCUCCAACGUUGGAGCAACGAAGCAGGUGCGCAAAGGCAUGGUGGUCAAGGCCUACUUCGAUGCUUGUCAGAUGGUUUUCCGGGGAGAGACAUUCGACCUCAGCGUGCUCGCGCACCUGAUGGAGCCGGACUACCAGCUCUAUCCGCUACUCAUGAGCGCGGCAGACACCGGGCACGCUGGGGUCACCAGGCAGCGCUGGUAUGUCGUCCUGCGCCACGUCGCCAGCACUGACUGUCUGUAUGAUCCCUUUGACCUCUACGAGCACAUCCGCGGCUACAUCUCCGAACGAGUGCAGACGCAGCCCCAGGACUACAUGAUAGCAAGCCAGGAAGAGAUCUUGCUUGAGGCUGCACAGGAAGCCAUCAAGCGCCGACGGGUCCUGCGGCCAAGAGACAUGGACCUCAGGUACCUGCUGAAUGAUCGCGAGACCAGGAUCUUGGAUGCAGCCUGCAGGGAGUAUGAAAGACGCUUCCACGCGGAUCCCUACGCAGAUGCGAACUUUGUGAUAUUCCUCGGCGACAACCCGGAGUACAGCUACACGUGGUCUGCUGUCACAAAGAGGAUCCCCACGCUCAGGCUCAACGAUGGGAAGCUCUACUUCCCCUUCUUCAGACGCUGGAUGGUUGCGUCCGAGAGGCUUGCGUGUCUGGGCUUCCCCGUUCGGACACGUGUCUCGGAGGCCAUGGGUGUGCCUCCGCUUCUCAUACGUGAUGAGCGCAGGGCUAGCCAACUGGCAGGGAAUUGUAUGAUGCUUCCAUGCGUGGCCAUUGCACAGAUGAUUGGCCUCGCCUGCGUGGCUUCUAAGCAGUCCACGGGCAACACCCUCCUGCCAUGA